AUGAAUUCAAGUCCUGUUUCAUCCGGGAUAAUAUUUGACGAUGAAACACCAAAAAAUUGCCAUAGACUCGUUAUUUUAGGUUCUGCUCGUGUGGGAAAAACGUCUCUCGUAACACGUUUUCUUGGAGGGCAGUUUGAAGACUGUUACACACCAACCAUCGAGGAUUUUCAUCGUAAAUUAUAUCGGAUACGCGGAGAAGUUUAUCAAUUGGAUAUAUUAGAUACAUCGGGUAAUCAUCCGUUUCCGGCGAUGAGAAGAUUAUCAUUUUUAACAGGCGACUUGUUUGUCUUAGUUUUCUCCAUGGAAUUGCGUGAAACAUACGAAGAAGCGAUCAGACUACGUGAACAGAUUUUAGAAGUAAAAGCAUCAUCAUCAACAGGUCCAAGAAACAAAAAACAUCUACCAAAAGUGCCAAUGGUAAUUGCUGGCAAUAAAAGUGACAUUAGUACAAAAUCUGUCACUACACAUGAAGUAGAGGCGUUUUGUGCAUCACAAGAUUCUGCUUGCAUUUAUGUCGAGGUCUCAGCAAAAACGAAUUGUAACAUUGACGAGCUGUUUUACGAGUUAUUUAAUGUUGCGGGCCUUCCGCCUGAAAUGGCUCCAAACCAUCAUAAACGUGUAACGACAACGUUUGGAAGCCCGUGCAUUCUACCUUCGCACGUUCCGUCAGCACGCAACAAGAAAACUCUUACCAUAAAGCGAAGACUGAGCGAUGCCAUGGGCGUUGUUGAGGAAAAUGUUCGAAGACCAAGUAUUCGCACGGAUUUACUGAUGAUGCGUGCUAAAACAACUGCCACGGGAGACAACGAUGGAAACGGUUCUCCUGCAAACAUAAGCAGACUUACGGGAAACGCAAGAUCAAAUCAAACUGCUUGCUCCUUGCAAUAG